ACAGCUGAUGGAAGAUUUUCGUUUAUCCCGACUGCGGUCAUACUACAACUGAAUUUUUGAUUAAUUUUACAACAGGGGGUUAACGAAAAGCCUGUGAAAUGCCAGAGCCGCGCAGUCCGAUGGCUAGUUUUGCCCAAUCGGUGCACAAUGUGAUCGAUGGACCCAUUACCUGGUUCCGUGAGACCAUUGUGGAGCCCAACCAGGAGAAGUACAACUGGUACCAUCAGCGCUUCCGUCGCGUGCCGACCAUCGAUCAGUGCUAUGUGGACGACGCCGUCUGCCGGUUCGAGGCGGACCAGCAGUUCCGUCGGGAUCGCAUGGUGGACAAUGAGAUUGUCAACAUCCUCCGCCAGCGCUUCGAGGACUGCACCCUGUACGAGGCUCCGGAUCACAUGGUCAAGUGCAAGCCGCUGUUGGAACAGUACGAGAAGGCCACCGAGAAUUGGUUCAUCAAGUAUGGCGAUUUGGGUGGCUAUGCCAAUGCCAAGACCGCUUACAUGAAGCAGAAGCAUCGCUUGAUCUGGGAGCGUCGCCAUGGACCCGUGGGCAGUGGCAUGAAAGAAGAGGAGGCAGUCCACUAAAGGCUGGAUGAUGUUUUUUUUAGUUCCAUUAUCCGUUAUUUCGAAAAUAUACACACACACGCCCUGAAAAAAUGGUAAACCGAAGGCAGUGAGCA